AUGAAGAAGCUUCUCUGGCUUAUUCGGCAACUUGUCAAUUUUGCAACACUUGGCUGCAUAUGGAUUUCUGUGGCACAGUGUGCAGCUUUCAACAGCUGCCUAAAAUCGUGUGUAACUAAUCUGGAUCGGCAGCUUGACAGUGGAACACCAUAUAAUCUGAGUGAACCGUGCAUCCAAGGAUGUCAUUUUUGGAACUCUAGUGAUCAGGAAAGCUGUGCUCUCCAGUGUCGAGAAUCUUGUGAGGUUGGCUGCAGCAGCGCUGAGGGCUCGUACGAGGAGGAAGUGCUGGAAAAUGCUGAUCUCCCCACUGCACCUUUUGCUUCUUCCAUUGGAAGUCAUAGUGUGACACUCCGAUGGAAACCUGCCAACAUCUCUGGAGUAAAAUAUAUCAUUCAGUGGAAAUACACACAGCUUCCAGGAAGCUGGACAUACACUGAGGCCGUUUCCAAUGUCUCAUAUGUGGUACAGCUGCUGCAUCCCUUCACUGAGUAUACUUUUCGAGUGGUUUGGAUUUUCACAGCCCAGUUGCAGUUAUAUUCUCCCCCAAGUUCCAGUUACAGAACUCAUCCUUCUGGAGUUCCAGAAACCGCUCCUGUCAUUACAAAUAUUGAGAGCUCAAGUCCUGAUACAGUGGAAGUCAGCUGGGCUCCACCCCAGUUUCCAGGCGGACCUAUUUUGGGUUAUAACUUACAACUGAUUAGCAAAAAUCAAAAAUUAGAUUCAGGGACACAGAGAACCAGUUUCCAGUUUUACUCUACUCUACCAAAUACCACCUACAGGUUUUCUAUUGCAGCAGUAAAUGAAGUUGGCGAGGGGCCAGAAACAGAAUCUAAUAUUACCACUCCAUUCUCAGCAGUUCAAGAAGAGGAACAGUGGCUAUUUUUAUCCAGAAAAACUUCUUUAAGAAAGAGAUCUUUAAAACAUUUAGUAGAUGAAGCACAUUGCCUUCAGUCAGCUGCUAUCCACCAUAAUAUUACAGGAAUAUCAGUUAAUGUCCACCAGCAAGUUGUUUAUUUCUCUGAAGGAACUGUCAUAUGGGUGAAGGAGGCUGCCAACAUGACCAGUGUGUCUGAUCUAAGAGCUUUUUACAGAGGUUCAGGAAUCAUUUCUUCCAUCUCUGUAGACUGGCUUUAUCAGAAAAUGUAUUUCAUCAUGGAUGAGCUGGUAUGUGUCUGUGAUUUAGAGAACUGUUCAAACAGUAAGGAAAUUACUCCUCCCUCUAUUAAUGCACCUCAAAAAAUUGUGGUUGAUGCAUACAAUGGGUAUGUGUUUUAUCUCCUGAGAGAUGGCAUUUAUAGAGUAGAUCUCCCCGUGUCACCUGGUCAGGGCUCUGAAGUGGUGCGUGUUGUGGAGAGUUACAAAUUAAAGGACUUUGCAGUAAAGCCACAGUCCAAGCGAAUCAUUUACUUCAAUGACACGGCCCACGGCUUCAUGUCAACAUUUCUGGAUGGCUCUGCUUCCCAUCUUGUCCUCCCUCAAACUGUCUUUGCUGAAGUGAAGAGCUUUGCUUGUGAAAACAAUGACUUCCUGGUCACAGAUGGAAAGGCCGUUUUCCAACAAGACUCUUCAUCUUUUAAUGAGUUCAUUGUGGGAUGUGACCUAAGUCACAUAGAAGAAUUUGGAUUCAGUAACUUGGUCAUCUUCGGCUCUCACACCCAGCCAUAUCCGCUACCUGGCCGUCCACAGCAGCUGUCAGUUCUGUUUGGCUCCCACCAGGCCUUGGUUCAGUGGAAGCCUCCUGCCCUCGCCAUAGGAGCCAAUGUCAUUAUUGUCAGUAACAUUGUUUAACUCUUCUGAUUAGGCCCUUCUGCCUGGCAGAACUGGACUUAUGACGUGGAAAUAUCAAGCCAAGACUUCCCAGAAAUCACACAUUUGUUUCCUAACAUAAGUGGGACCAUGCUUAAUGUACCCCAGCUGCUGAGUGCUAUGAAAUACAUGGUUUCUGUGAGAGCAAGCUCUCCCAAGGGGCCAGGGCCUUGGUCAGAGCCCUCAGUGGGUACUACUCUGGUGCCAGCUAAAGAGCCACCAUUUAUCAUGGCAGUGAAAGAAGAUGGACUUUGGAGUAAACCAUUAAAUAGCUUUGGCCCAGGAGAAUUCUUAUCCUCUGGUAUAGGAAAUGUGUCAGACAUGGAUUGGUAUAACAACAGCCUCUACUACAGCGACAUGAGAGGUGAUGUUUACGUGUGGCUACUGAAUGGGACUGACGUCUCAGAGAAUUAUCAUGUACCCAACAUCGUGGGGGCAGGGGCUUUAGCUUUCGAAUGGCUGGGUCAUUUUCUCUACUGGGCUGGGAAGACAUAUGUGAUACAAAGGCAGUCAUUGUUGACAGGACAUACGGACAUUGUGACUCAUGUGAAGUUGCUCGUGAAUGAUAUGGUGGUGGACUCAGUAGGAGGGUUUCUUUAUUGGACAACACUAUACUCAGUUGAAAGUACCAGGCUAAAUGGGGAAAGUUUUCUGAUGCUACAGGCACAGCCUUGGCUUUCUGGGAAAAAGGUAAUUGCUUUAACUUUAGACCUCAGUGAUCGACUCCUGUAUUGGUUGGUUCAGGAUAGUCAGUGCAUUCAUCUGUACACAGCAGUUCUCCGAGGGCAAAGUGCUGGUGAUCCCAUCAUCACAGAAUUUGCUGCCUGGAGUACUUCUGAAAUUUCCCAGAAUGCACUGAUGUAUUACAGUGGCCGGCUUUUCUGGAUCAAUGGCUUUAGGACUAUCACAGCCCAAGAAAUUGGUCAAAGAACUAGUGUCUCUAUUUUGGAACCAGACAAAUUUAGUCAGUUCACAAUAAUUCAGACAUCCCUUAAACCUCUACCAGGAAACUUUUCCUCUACCCCUAAAGUAAUCCCAGAGUCUGUUCAAGAGUCUUCGUUUAGGAUUGAAGGAAAUGCUUCGCGUUUUCAAAUCCUAUGGAAUGCUCCCCCGGCAGUAGAUUGGGGUGCAAUUUUCUACAGUGUGGAACUUAGUGCUCAUUCUAAGUUCCUGGCGAGUGAACACCAGUCUUUACCUGUAUUUACUGUGGAGGGACUGGAGCCCAAUGCCUCUUUUAAUCUUUCUGUCACUCCUUAUACCUACUGGGGAAAAGGCCCCAAAACAUCUUUAUCACUUCAAGCACCUGAAACAGUUCCAUCGGCACCAGAGAAUCCCAGAAUCUUUAUAUUACCUAGUGGGAAAGAUAGCAACAAGAAGGAAGUUGUGGUCAAAUUUAGAUGGAACAAACCUAAGCAUGAAAAUGGAGUGUUAUCAAGAUUUGAGAUUUUCUAUCACAUUUCCAACCAAAGUGAAACAAACAACACAUUAGACUGGAUUGCUGUCAGUGGCCCUCCCUCAGUGAUGUCUUUUCAACUAGAGGGCAUGAGCCCUGGGUACUCUGUCGCCUUUCAGGUUAGAGUUUUCACAUCCAAAGGGCCAGGACCAUUUUCUGACAUAGCAAAAGCCAGAACAUCAGAUAUCAAUCCAUUUCCAUACCUCAUAGCUCUUUCUAGCAACAUGAUAGUUCUGUUAGAUAUGGAUCAAAACCAAACUGUGUGGACAUUCUCAGCAGAAAGGGAAAUCAGUGCCAUUGGUUACACAGCUGAUAAUGCAAUGGGGUACUACACUCAAGGAUACUCACUCUACAUGCUGAACAUGCACAAUCAAUCCAGCUCUGAGAUUUUCCGAGAUGCACUAGUUUUUGAUAUCACUGUUAUUACAAUUGACUGGAUUUCAAGGCACCUCUACUUUGUAAUGAAAGAAUCACAUAAUGGAAUGCAGAUAUUUGACAUUGAUCUUGAACAAAAGGUGAAGUACCCCAGGAAGCUAAAAUUUUGCAACAGAAAUUCAACAAUAAUCUCUUUUUUUGUAUAUCCCUUUUUAAGUCGCCUGUAUUGGACAGAAGUUUCCAGUGUUGGCUCUCAGAUGUUCUACUACAGUAUUAUCAACCAGACCUUGCACCGUAUCCUACAACACACAACUGAAAACCUCCCAGAUGGAAGUAACCAAUGUACUUGCAGUGUGAGUGAUUUUGAGUUAAAUGGAGUGAUGACUAUUGAUACUUCUGACCUAAAGAAGCCACAGAUAUAUUUUGUCAAAGAACAAGAGAUAUGGACCAUGGAUCUGGAAGGAUGUCAGUGUCAACGGGUUAUCAUUUUGCCUGCUUUGCAUGGAAAAACACUUGUGAGACUAACUGUGGAUGGAAAAUUUCUAUAUUGGAUUGUCACAGCAGAGGACAGCACACAGAUUUAUCAAGCAAAGAAAAGCAAUGGGGCCACCUUCUCCCAGGUGAACACCCUAAGGAAUAAGUGUAUAUUGGCUUACAGUUCAGUUCUGCAACCUUUCCCAGAUAAAGCAUUUCUGUCUCUAGCUUCAGAUAUUGCAGAGUCAACUAUUCUUAACAUUACUAAUACCAGCCUUACCAUCCAGUUACCACCCACCAGGACAAACCAGAGGUGGUAUGGUAUCAUCAGCCCUACGCCAACAUACCUGGUUUACUACAAAGAAGUUAAUGUCAGGAUGAACAGCUCUAAACUGAAAUAUGAAAUGCUGGAAUUUCAGGAGCAUAUAGCCCUUAUUGAAGGUUUACAACCAUUUUCAACAUAUAUGAUACAGAUAGCUGUAAAGAAUUAUUAUUCAGAUCCUUUGGAACAAUUAACUCUGGGAAAAGAGAUUUGGGGGAAAACUAAAAGUGGAGUACCAGAGGCUGUUUGGUUCAUUAACACAACUGUGAAGUCAGACACCAGCAUUUUAAUAUCCUGGAAAGAAUCUCCCAAGCCAAAUGGACCUAAAGAGUCAAUUCGCUAUCAGGUGGCAGUCUUGCACCUCGCCCCAAUGCCUGAGACUCCUUUAAGACAAAGUGAAUAUCCAAAUGGAAAGCUUGCUCUCCUUAUUUCUGGACUGUCUAGCGGAAAACUGUAUGAGUUAAAGGUUCUGGCCUGCCAUUCAGAGGAAAUGUGGUGUGCUGAGAGUCGCCCUGUCACUGCUGAGACUUUUGAGGCACCAGAGAAACCGUAUGCCUUGGUUCCAGAGAACACUACUGUGCAAUUAGCCUGGAAGGCUCCACAUAAUGUUAAUCUCACCAGAUUUUGGUUUGAACUCCAAAAGUGGAAGUACAAUGAGUUUUACCAUGUUAAAGCUUCGUGCACACAAGGUCCUGCUUAUGUAUGUAACAUCACAGAUCUGAAGCCUUAUACUUCCUAUAACAUUCAAGUGGUUGUGGCUUAUACCACAGGAGAAAAUAGCACCUCACUUCCAGAAAGCUUUAGUACAAAAGCUGGAGUCCCAAGUAAACCAGGCAUUCCAAAAUUAUUAGAAGGGAGUAAAAAUUCAAUACAGUGGGAAAAAGCUGAAGAGAAUGGAAGCCGACUUCUGUAUUAUGUUCUUGAGAUCAGAAAGAGCAUUUCAAAUGAGUCGCAGAACCAGAAUUUAAUGUGGAAGAUGGCCUUUAAUGGAAGCUGUGGCAGCAUUUGCACAUGGAAAUCCAAUAGCCUUAAAGGAGUCUAUCAGUUCAGAGCAGUAGCUGCAAAUCGUCUGGGGUUUGGUGAAUAUAGUGAAGUCAGUGACAGUGUUAUAUUGGUGGGAGAUGAUUUUUGGACACCAGAAACAAGCCUUAUACUUACUGUUAUCAUUGGAAUAUUUCUGGUUGUUACAAUCCCAUUGAUCUUUGUCUGGCACAGAAGAUUAAAAAAUAAAAAAACUCCCAAGGAAGGACUAACAGUUCUCAUCAACGAAGACAAAGAGUUGAGCGAGCUUCGAGGUCUGGCGACUGGUGUAGGACUGGCUAAUGCCUGCUAUGCGAUACAUACUCUUCCAACCCAAGAGGAGAUUGAAAGUCUUCCUGCCUUCCCUCGGGAAAAACUGACUCUGCGUCUCUUGCUGGGAAGUGGGGCCUUUGGAGAAGUGUAUGAAGGGACAGCGGUAGACAUCUUAGGAACUGGCAGUGGAGAAACCAAAGUGGCAGUGAAGACUUUGAAGAAGGGUUCCACAGACCAGGAGAAGAUUGAAUUCUUGAAGGAGGCACAUCUGAUGAGCAAGUUUAAUCAUCCGAACAUUCUGAAGCAGCUUGGAGUUUGUCUGCUGAAUGAACCCCAGUACAUUAUCCUUGAACUGAUGGAAGGAGGAGACCUUCUUACCUACUUACGUAAAGCUCGGAUGACAACGUUUCAUGGCCCUUUACUUACCUUGGUCGACCUUGUAGACCUGUGUGUAGAUAUUUCUAAAGGUUGUGUCUACUUGGAACAGAUGCAUUUCAUUCACAGGGAUCUGGCGGCUCGGAAUUGCCUUGUCUCUGUGAAAGACUAUAGCAGUCCAUCACGGGUAGUGAAGAUUGGGGACUUUGGACUCGCGAGGGACAUCUAUAAAAAUGAUUACUAUAGAAAGAGAGGGGAAGGCUUGCUGCCUGUUCGAUGGAUGCCUCCAGAAAGUUUGAUGGAUGGAAUCUUCACUACUCAAUCUGAUGUCUGGUCAUUUGGAAUUGUGAUUUGGGAGAUUUUAACUCUUGGCCAUCAGCCUUAUCCAGCUCAUUCCAAUCUUGAUGUUUUAAACUAUGUGCAGGCAGGAGGGAGACUGGAGCCACCAAGAAAUUGUCCUGAUGAUCUGUGGAACUUAAUGACCCAGUGCUGGGCUCAAGAACCUGAACAAAGACCUACUUUCCAUAAAAUUCAGGAUCAGCUUCAGUUAUUCAGAAGCGCUUCCUUAAACAGUCUUUUUCAAAGUAGUGAUGAAGCAAAAACCAGUGGAGUCAUAAAUGCAGGCUUUGAAGAUGAAGAUGGCAGUAUGACUUGUGUGAAUUCAGAUGACACGAUGUCAAUUGCUUUAAUGGAAACCAAGAACCAAGAAGGGUUAAACUACAUGGUACUUGCUACAGAAAAUAGCCAGAAUGAAGAAAAUUCUGAGGGUCCGCUAGGCUCCAAGGAAUCGGAAUCUUGUGGUCUGAGGAAAGAAGAGAAGGAACCACAUGCAGACAAAAAUAUCUACCAAGAAAAACAAGAGGCUUACUGCUCCCCUGGCAAGCCUGAAGGCCUGAACUAUGCUUGUCUCACUCACAAUGGCUGUGGAGAUGGGUCUGAUUAAUAAUUCUGUUGGGAAAUA